AUGCCAGAAGAGAAUAGCGAGCAGGAACACCUCAUGGGAGGACAAGGGACGCAGGUUAUACAGAUCCAGGCGCUGCGCGAUGCGCUCGUCGCGGGAAACGGGCCGCGUGCGGGUCGUGUGCAGGCAUGUGCGCUCGCCUUUGUCGUGUCUAUCUGGGCGAUGGUGUUGUAUGCAACGGGAGGCAAGGUGCCGUUUGCGCUGUACCAUCCGCUGCUCGUAUCUCUGGGACUGUACUUGCUCCUGCAAGGCAUUCUUGUCCUGCAGUCUACACAGACGCCGCAGGAAAAAGACGCGGGGCUCGCACUGCACCAGCUCUUUGUGCUCGGCGCAGGUCUGCCGCUACUGACAUUUGGCGUGUGGAUCAUGUGGCACAGCCACAGCAAGCCGGGCGCAAAACACUUUAUCUCGUGGCACGGCGUGCUCGGCGUGGCGCUCCUGACCCUGCUUUGGGCACAGGCGCUCCUCGGCGCAUCCACCGUCUGGGCGCAAGAGCCCGUCUUUGGCUCGGUGGGCAAGGCCAAGAGCGUAUGGAAGUACCAUCGGGGCCUCGGCUACGCUAUCGGCGUCGUCCUCAUUCUCGAGAUCACGCUCGCUCUGUGGGAGACCAAGUGGGCACGCGGCGCCGUAUCCGAGCCCACGACCGCGCUCGUGACGGUCGUGGUAUUUGCGCUCGCAUUCAGCGUCGCACGGCGCGUCAAGCUGUCCAAGCUGGGCAUCACGCAACGCAGUGCACAGUAG